AUAAGGCAAUAACCAUUACAAGUUUACAACGUAACUCCUAAUUACUCCCCGGUGGAUGGUGAAUGGUGAUCUCAUCUGAAAUUCGGCGCAACCUUUUUCUCCCACCCACCACCAGGUAGCAGAGCUACUCUAAUCUAAAGGGUAUCAUUAUCAACCCUCAUUGCCAUUCAUCAUCAGGAGACAACCUUAAAAAAAUGGCAGAGGAGCCUAGGAAGAAAAAGGUCAUAAUUGACACCGAUCCUGGCAUUGAUGAUGCUAUGGCAAUAUUUGUGGCACUCCAAUCACCUGAGUUGGAGGUGAUUGGUCUUACUACUAUUUAUGGCAAUGUCUACACCACCCUAGCAACAAGAAAUGCCUUGCAUUUGUUAGAGGUGGCUGGAAGGACGGAUAUCCCAGUGGCUGAAGGAUCUCAUGUGACCAUCACUAAAGGUACAAAGCUCCGCAUAGCUGACUUUGUUCACGGGACAGAUGGGCUGGGUAACCAAAACUUUCCUCCUCCAAAUGGGAAGCCGAUUGAGCAAUCAGCAGCUACUUUUCUUGUUGAGCAAGCUAAUAAGUAUCCUGGAGAAGUUACUGUGGUGGCUCUUGGACCUCUAACGAAUAUUGCUUUGGCAAUCCAACUAGAUCCUUCCUUUACUAAAAACAUUGGGAGAAUUGUUAUUCUUGGUGGAGCUUUUGCUGUAAAUGGCAAUGUAAAUCCUGCAGCUGAAGCUAAUAUAUUCGGUGAUCCAGAAUCUGCAGAUAUUGUCUUCACAAGUGGGGCUGAUAUUCUCGCUGUGGGAAUAAAUGUGACGCACCAGGUCAUUUUCACCGAUGCUGAUCGUGAGAAGUUGGCAGCAUCAAAUGGAAAAUUAGCUCAGUACUUGUGCAAGGUUUUAGACGUGUAUUAUUUUUACCAUCAUGAUUCAUACAAUAUGAAAGGUGUUUAUCUUCAUGAUCCAGCCACCAUGCUUGCUGCUAUAGAUCCUUCAUUGUUUACUUGGACAGAAGGUGCUGUAAGAGUGCAAACAAGUGGCAUUAGUAGGGGUCUCACAAUUCUGUAUAACAAACAGAAAAGGUUUGAAGAAGUGACCGAAUGGACCGAUAAACCUACAGUUAAGGUGGCAGUCACAGUUGAUGCUCCAGAAGUUGUCAAAAUGCUCAUGGAUCGUCUUAUAAGCUCAUAGUUUGUGGUGCUAAGCACAAUAAUUGAAUCAACUUGCGCUACUCGUCUUUUCCUUGAUGUAAGGUGAAAUGCAUGGCUUGAGCUCUGUUGCUAAUGUAUAAAUCUACUUGAGGCAUGUGCUAACCAGAGCCCAGAGGGUAGUUGAGUAGCUAUUGGGGAGAAGAGAUACUAUUGUUUGAAUGCACUUUAACCAUUCUUUUGUCUUCCAAUACAGUUGGUUUUUGUAUUUGUAAGUUGUUAUAGAUUUCAAGCUAAUAAUAACUUUAAUCAAAUCAAGGUCA